AUGUACCAGAUUCACGACACUCUCAUCACACUACUUGAUACAAUGCUGAUUACUAUAGAAUGCGUUCUACUUGCGUUACAAGCGGUUGCUGCAGUUCGACUUGCAUUACAUUCACCUUUUGAAAUUACCAGUCAAUCAAACAAUAGGCUAUCAAAACGAUCACCCGUUCAAUUGGGUGGUGGUAUUGGUCGAUGUUUCAAGAUAAAAGUCAAUGUUAAUGGAGUCAGUUUGAAUUUACAAGUCGAUUCAGCAGCUUCUGAUAUAGUGGUACCAAUUUCUAGUUCAAGAAGCAGUGUAGGUUUGACUUCAAAAAGUACUCUAAAUGAGGAAGGUAUUAUGAUAGAGUACAAAGGCGAAGAGUAUAAAGGAGUUACUUCCACAGCCGCUGUGACGAUUCCGGGUACCAAGAUAAUUGGCAUGGAUUUACCAGUAAUAGCAAUUCAAAAACAAUCGCCAGAUCUAAUUGGCAUUGGUGGAAGAAUCGAUCAAGGAAUAUUUGGCUUCGCCUAUUCUUCGUUGUCAGAUCAACAUCCACAAUCCACUGCGAUGGAUGUUUUGUACAAUAGUGGUAUCAUUCCUAAAAAUGAGAUUGGUCUUCAAAUAUGUCCGUAUGGAAUGCUUUCAGAAAGCUUCAUCAAUAUAGGAAACACGGGUGUAACUCCAAAAUGUGGAACGGAUGGAACAAGUGUUGCAUGGGUACAAUCACCAUCAGCCGAUCAUCAUACUGUCAACAUCAAGAGUAUACUAAUCAAUGGCAAACCAGUGGAGCUGCCUGCUGGAUUUCAAAAAAAAGUGGAAAACGGACGUACUUUGUACUCGUAUCUACAAACAUGCUUUUUAUAUAUGCGUUUUCCCAAAGUAGUCGUGGAUGUGCUGAUCAAUACUAUUCUUGAUAGUGAUGCGAUCACUGUCAAAACUAUGUUUAGAAACGAUCACCUCGGCAAAAGAAAAAUCCAAAGGAAAUUGCGGAAAAAUCAUUUAAUGUCCGAAUCCAAAUACAAUAUCAAUUGGGACAUGAUGCCAACGAUUUCAAUCGUAAUGUAUUCUGAAACCCCUGUAACUGAUGACAAUCGCAACUCCGUUGUAACGAUCACACUGAGUCCUAGAGACUAUAUGUGGAGAUAUGAUUCUAAACAUGUUAGAUUUGCUGUAGCAGUUGGUUCAAAUGAUUAUGCAACUCUUGGUACAUCAUUUAUGGUUCGACUUGGAUUGACAUUUGAUUUACAAAAUACACGCAUUGGGUUUGGUCCUGGAUGUGGAUGCGAAGUCUCGACUGAUGGAUAUCCUAUUAUUUCAAACAGUGAUCGAGUGCUCUGGUCACCAUCACAAUUGCCUGAACGACCAAGUACUUCAAGUUCAGAUGUCACAUCUACUCCUGGGAGAUCAUUUUCGCGACUUGGUAGUACUCUCCGUGGUAGCACUCGUCGUGGUAAUAAGCAUUCAAAAGUUAGAUACGAGAAACUUGAGGGAUAA